UACGUGUACACGAGGCGUACGAGCAAGUUUGAAAAGAGGAAACAUUUGUUUCAAAAACAGACGUGUACACGGUAAAUCGAAGUCAGUGAGUCUCAGCCAGUAUUGGGAUGGUGGUGAUGUAGUAUGGCUCCGCGAAUCCAGCUUGAGAGAGCCGCCUGGAGCUGGGCUGACACUGUGAAGCCGGAGGAUGUGACGGAGGAGCACAUCGAGAAGGCGUACCGUAUCCGAGUGCCGGCCUGUAAAAGGGUCGUAUGCAGGAGAAACUGUAAAGGAAAUCCUAAUUGUCUUGUUGGCAUCGGAGAACAAGGGUGGCUAGGUGAAAUAGAUGAAAAUUCCUUCCACAAUAUUGAUGAUCCAAAUUCAGAAAAGCGAGACAAGAACAAGUUUGUUGGCUUGACAAACCUAGGAGCGACAUGCUAUGUGAACACAUUCUUGCAGGUAUGGUUUCACAAUCUAGAGCUGCGCGAAACCCUUUACCUAUGUCAGAAUUCCAGAGCGGAGGAACACAACAUGGAGUCAGACUAUGAGCCCCAGAGUAUAUGUGAACAUCUGCAGUACCUGUUUGCAUUGCUGCAGAACAGCAACAGAAGAUAUAUUGAUCCCUCAGGUCUGGUGAAGGCAUUGGGUUUGGAUACAGGACAACAGCAGGAUGCUCAGGAGUUCUCCAAGCUUUUCUUGUCCCUCUUGGAAGAUACCCUUUCAAAACAGAAGAACCCAAAUCUGCAGAAUGUAAUACAACAGCAGUUUUGUGGGCAGUCUGCUUACGUCACUGUAUGCAAUCAAUGUGGUCGUUCGUCUCUACUUCCUUCACGCUUCUAUGAGUUGGAGCUCAGCAUCCAGGGCCAUAAGCAGCUGACAGAAUGUAUUACAGAGUUUCUUAAGGAAGAGAAGUUGGAAGGUGACAACCGAUACUUCUGUGAGAAUUGUCACAGUAAGCAAAAUGCAACCCGCCACAUCAAGUUGCAGACCCUCCCACGCACCCUUAAUCUGCAGCUGAUGCGCUUUGUUUUUGACAGGCAAACUGGUCACAAGAAGAAACUAAACUCCUUCAUUAGUUUCCCUGAAGUGUUGGAUAUGGGACCCUUUCUGGAGGAAAAAGAUGAAAAAUGUGUGUAUGAGCUAAAUGCUGUGCUCAUUCAUCGGGGCAUCAGUGCUUACUCAGGGCACUAUAUUGCUCAUGUGCGGGAUGGCCGCACCAAAGAAUGGUACAAGUUUAACGACGAGGAGAUUGAAAAAAUGGAGGGAAAGAAACUGCAGCUUGGAAUAGAUGAUGAUAUUGCUGAAGCAAAGUCUCAGACACGUAAACCCAAGUGCAGUAAAGGGUACCACUGCUCUCGCAACGCUUAUAUGCUGGUGUACAAGCAGCAGACAGAAGGUGAUAGUAAUGAAAAGAUUACAGAGGAGGUACCAGCCUUCCUUCAGAAACUAGUGGACAGGGACAACAGAAAGUUUGAAGAGUGGUGCAUAGAAAUGGCAGACAUGCGGAAACAAAGUGUUGACAAAGGCAAAGCCAAGCAUGAAGAGGUGAAGGAACUCUACAAAUUGUUACCUGCGGAAGACGGUCAGCCAUUUGAGUUUGUCCCCUUGGAAUGGCUUAAAAAGUGGCUGGAUGACUCAAGUCUUACAAAAUCUAUUGACAACUCCAAAUUCCUUUGUUCCCAUGGGAAAUUACACCUAGACAAAAUUGGAGACAUAAAGAGAAUAUCUGCAAAGGCUGCAGAACACUUAUUUAAACGAUAUGGAGGGAGUCCCAGAUUAGAUCGUAAGUAACAACAGAAGCUUGUAUAUGAAGGUUAAUUAUGAAUCAUUCACUUUCUUCUGAGUGGAUUGUGUGUGUGGAUGUGUGUGUGGGUGUGUGUGUGUGUGCACGCUCGUGGGCGCAUGUACAGUGGCCUGGAUCUUCUCAGGGUAUGCCCUGCGCCUCAUGCUUUGUGCUUCCUGGAAUAGUUUCUGGGCUUU